CCACGCUGAUUGUGGAUCGUUGCUAAGCAACCCUCAGCUCCCCGUAAACUAAAUGAGGGAAGAAGAUGAGGAGUAAAUCAAACCAGCGAAAAUAAUCAUGUGGCAAUUCAGGUAAUUGUAGAUUUUAUCAAAUCAUUUAUAGAGCAGCUAUAGUCAAGACUCUGUCUGGCUCUGGCUCUCGGACUUCACUGCGUUAAGUUCGCCGAUGUGAAAAGCUGGAGUGCAACAACAAUGUCAACACACGAAGAGCCAGCGAACAUCGGCAAAGUCCUCAGUUUUCUUCGAGAAUGGGACCGUGGAGACGGGACGGCCCGCAGCCGCAUGUUGAACACCUUUGUGUCUCAGAGCACAGGGAAGACUUGUUAUGAGCUGGAGUGUGAGUUUGCGCAGGUGUCCAGUCUGUUUCUGGCUCGACUCACCACCUGGAUGAGACUCACAUACAUGUUUGGGAAAUUCUUGGGACUCCAGCUGAGAGCAAUUAGGAUUUUCCUGUCUGCAUCAGGCCAUGAUCAAUACCUGAUGGAGUUCCUGGAGGAUGGAGGCGUUCUCACUCUCCUGGACAUCUUGAGCCACACUCAGACCACAGAGGAGGACAAGGCAGAAGCCCUCCAUCUCCUGCUCACGGUCUCAAACGCUGGUCGCAGGUGCAAGGAGAUUAUUUGUGAAAGCAAUGGUGUUACAGUCAUAGCUGAGUGCCUGGCCAAAUCAAACACAGAAGAAAACCAAGAGACGUCGUGGGCCCUGCUGGAGUCCCUGUCCCGCGGAAAUCCUAAAUACCAAAGUCAAAUCUACAAAAGCCUCAUCGCCCUCAUGACCUGCAACUCUCCUAAAGCCCAGCAGCUGGUCCUGAAGACCUUACGCACUGUGCAGUCCAAAAUGAAGACGGCCAGUCACAGCAUCGUAGAACCUCUGCUGAACUUGCUCAGGUCCCUGAACCUGGAGGUCCAGGAUGGAGCUGUUAAUCUCAUCUUAGACCUGAGGUGUUAUGAUGUGAGGCCAGUCCUGCUCAGCGGCCUGGUGGCUCUGCUGAGGCCUGCUAAAGAAGAAGAAAAGCCACAACAGAUCACAGAAGAGGCUGAGACGAUCAAGAUGACUGGAUCUCUGCCUGUGUUCGUGCAACAAGCUGCUGCAGCUAAAGCUAUACGGUUGUUGGCUGAGGAGGAUCAUGAAGUUUCUUGUGAGCUUCUCUCUCUUGGAGUGAUCCAGUAUCUCCUAUACGCUGUGGGCAACAGAGAACACACUGAUGCCCAAAUACAGGCCAGCCUGGCCUUGGAGCACUUCGUCCGCUCAUUCCCAGCUGUUGAAGAACAUGUGCACAGAGUCAUGGGACGUUCACUGUUUGCAGCCUUUAUGCACAAAGCCGACAUGUUGUACAUGAAUCUGGAAGAAACACAAGCAGAAAUCCUGCUGACUAACAAAGUUACCAUACCUGAAGUUUUGGAUGGUGGGAGCUCUGAAGGCUGA